GGGCAACACGAUCACCGGCCACUACACCAACGGCACCGCCUUCAACACCUACGCGCCUUACGACCCCGAACUGGUCAAGACACUCCGCACCCACGACGUGCAGAUUGCCGCCGUUCCAAUCGACGAAGGCGGCCUCAGCAUCGUCGGCAUCCUGAUUCCUGGUUCCCGCUGCUCCUCUUCAUCGGCGUCUGGAUCUUCAUGAUGCGCCAGAUGCAGUCGGGCGGCGGCAAGGCAAUGGGCUUCGGCAAGUCGCGCGCGCGCCUGCUGACGGAGCGCCAGGGCCGGGUGACCUUCGACGACGUGGCCGGCAUCGACGAGGCCAAGCAAGAACUCGAAGAGAUCGUCGAGUACCUGCGUGAUCCGCAAAAGUUCCAGCGGCUCGGCGGCAGGAUCCCGAAGGGUGUGCUGCUGCUCGGCCCGCCCGGUACCGGCAAGACGCUGCUCGCGCGCGCCAUCGCGGGCGAAGCCAACGUACCCUUCUUCACCAUCUCCGGCUCCGAUUUCGUGGAGAUGUUCGUGGGCGUCGGCGCGAGCCGCGUGCGCGACAUGUUCGAGCAGGGCAAGAAGAACGCGCCGUGCCUGAUCUUCAUCGACGAGAUCGACGCGGUUGGCCGGCACCGGGGCGCAGGCCUCGGCGGCGGCAACGACGAGCGCGAGCAGACCCUCAACCAGCUCCUCGUCGAGAUGGACGGAUUCGAGGCCAAUGAAGGUGUAAUCCUGAUUUCGGCGACCAACCGGCCGGACGUGCUGGAUCCGGCUCUGCUGCGGCCGGGCCGCUUCGACCGCCAGGUCGUCGUGCCAAACCCGGACGUGCUCGGGCGCGAGAAGAUCCUCAAGGUGCACAUGCGCAAGGUGCCGCUCGCGCCGGACGUGAAGCCCCGCACGAUCGCGCGCGGCACGCCCGGCUUCUCGGGCGCGGACCUCGCCAAUCUGGUCAAUGAGGCGGCGUUGCUCGCGGCACGGCGCGGUAAGCGCGUCGUGACGAUGAUCGAGUUCGAAGACGCCAAGGACAAGGUCAUGAUGGGGGCCGAGCGGCGCUCCAUGGUGAUGACCGACGAGGAGAAGCGGCUUACCGCCUAUCACGAGGGCGGCCACGCGGUGGUGGCGGCUCACCUCGAAGCCUCCGACCCGAUCCACAAGGCCACGAUCAUCCCGCGCGGCCGCGCGCUCGGCAUGGUUGUCCGGCUGCCGGAGGGUGACCGCAUCUCGUCAGCCGCGAGAGUGGAGUAG